AUGUUGCUAGCACUGACGCCAUUCAACGCGCACAUGCGCAGAACGACAGGUGGUCGGCGACUCGAGCCAGCCGUCUCGACCAAACCUAUCGACUUCUCAUGCUCAUCAUCAGCCGCUUUCGUGCUCAAGCCAGAACGAUGUGCAGUGCUUUGUGUUGAAGUGCUCGUGGUGACAUGGCGUCUCUUUUUUAAUAUUGUGGAUGGUGUAAUACGUUCCAAAUUGUGUUUAUUUACGAUGAGUGUGAAUUAUGAUCGUGUUUGUAGACUGUGCUUGUCAUCUCGAGGCGAAUUAGUGCCUAUUUUUCCUACCACCAGUUCGGAUGAUUCUGAACCUCCCGUUCUUGCGUCGAAAAUAAAGGAUUGUGUGUCUGUACAGAUAAGCGAGAAUGACGACCUGCCAACGAAUGUCUGCAGGAAAUGUAUGGAUAAUGUCAAUAACUGGCACAUAUUCAAGACAGUAUGUGAAAGGACACAAAAUAAACUAGAGCUACUGAUAAAAAAAGAUGGAAGCCAACUAGAAGAGAUAAAAAUAAAGAGUGAACCUUUAUCUGAUGGAGCAUAUGAUGAUGGUGUGGUCAUUGAUGGCUCAUACCCAGAUAAUGAAAUUGCUGCAGGGUCAGCUAAAGUGCAGCCAGAAGGCCCUCCAAUCUUGGCGUCACUGGGCCUUACUCCAAGGAGUGAUAAGGGAGUCGAGACUGAGAAGGACGAGGAUGAAGAUGAAGAAGAGGAGGAAGACGAAGAAGCUUCAGCUAAAAAACAUGAAAAGGCUCCACGGAUGCCUGAAGUAUCUAUAACUGUUAUGCGAUCGUCUGGCGAAACACUGCAUGCCCGCCAAGGUAUUCAACAACUCGCCUCUAAAGAUUGUCUUGUAUGCGGUCGAUCUUAUAGGUAUUCUCACAAUGCUAGACGACAUGAGCUAACCGCUCAUAGUUUUGAUAGGUAUACGAAUAAAAUUACACACAAAAAGCAACCUUCGCGUUUCGCACAGCCAAAAUUAAGGCCAAAUCCUUUCAAUCCAAAGGCGAUUAAAAUGCAACUUAUUUCUAAACCUAUGCCUAUGUCGAAUAAAAUGAUUCCACACAAACACGUGGCACCUCCGAAACCUGUUUUAGUCAAAUCUACUAAAGGGGCACAGAACAAUCUGCCUUAUCCAUUGCGCAUUAAAGCUUUGAAGGAUUUGCAAAUUAAGAAAAAAGAGCCUCAAAUUUUGAAGACUCUUUUGACAUCGAAACCGGAGGUUGUCGUAACUGAACCAGAAAUCAUACAUUCAGGACCGGAAAGCCCGGAAACUUUAAUAUCUGAACCAGAAAUUGCUUCUUUCCAAGUUGAAGCAAUGUUGUCAGAGCCAGAUGGCUAUGAUAAGCAGACAGAAGGUUAUGAUACUCAACAAGAGUCUUACGAACAUCAGAACGAUGGAUAUGAACAACAAAUUGAUGGUUACGAUCAACAGGGCGGCGAAGAAGGAGAAGAGGGCGAUGGCAAUAAUCAAAACCAAAAUUAUGACACUGUUGAUAUGGAAUCUGACAAUGAAAUUGAAAUUGCGAGAGAACAAGAAAACGAAGUUGACGAAGAGGACCAAAAUAUGGAAAUGGAAAAUAACCAGAAUGAGGAAGAAAAUAAUGCAGACGCUGCACAUAGUGACGAUGAAAGGAUUAACACAGAGGAUAAUGAGGAAAACGUUGGUUCUGGAUCGCCGUCCAAUGGCGAGUACAAAGCUGAAGAGAAUUACGAAGAAGCUGAUGACAGAAAUGAAAAUGAUGAAAGAGAAAUUGAAGAACAUGAAAAUCACGACGAGAAUGCCGAAGAGGACGACGAAGAUCUUCCUCCAAUGGAAAUAGCGCCAGUCGUGGAAAUCAAUGAGGAUAUGCAAACCAACUCGUAUAACAGUGAGCAGAAUGAAGAAGAAGAGGAAGAGGAACUGGAAGAAACCACAGAACUGAACGACACCACAGACGGUGUCGAGGGGAUCAAAGAGAUCGAUCCGGAUAAGUUGUAUGUGACAAAGACGCAGCGCGAUUUCAUUAUGAAAUAUCGAGACGUAAUCGAACAGAUAAAUACAAAACGAUGCCUGUGCUGCGACAGAGAACAUCCUCGCAGAAAAGCUGUUAUACAACAUUUACAAAAAAAUGGCCAUAAAGUGCCGAAACAUACGUGCUAUAAUUGUGUUGUUACUUUUGGUCAUAUUGGUGCACUUUUGAGUCACAUGAGAUCCAACUCGUGCACAAAUCUCUGGAAAAUUAUUUAUAACGAAAAUGGAAUUACCGAUGACUUAGUUUUAGAAGAUCCUAAAGACAAUAAAGUUCAAUAUAAAGAUAUCUUCAAUGCAAGGUCCUAUGCUUGUAAACUCUGCCCAGCGAAGUUCCAGUUGAAACAAUUUAUUAUGAAACACGUGUUGGACGUUCACGAAGAUGGCCAAUCUCGGGUGCCACUCGUCUGUGUUCACUGUGGAGCUAGAUAUAAAGAUAAAAGUUUAAUCAAGAAGCACAUUCGCAACGGCGAAUGUACUGUCUACAUCGCUUGUGAUUUAUGUACAGAGAAGUUUGUAAGUAUGCAAGAUUUUAACGACCAUGCCCUGGGCGUUCAUGCCGGCAGUUUCGAUCAAUCUGAUAAUCAGAAUAAGUGUGUCGACGGACGGCCGACAGAUUGUCCAAUAUGUGGCAAGAAGAACAGUAGUUAUCCGAAUUUGGUAAAACAUUUAAAGGCUAUACACAACGAAGAGAAACCCCAUUAUUGUCAACAUUGCGACGUCAAAUUUGAACAAGCUGCUGAUCUUAACAAGCACAUUUAUAUGGAACACUCAGAUAGAAGUUUGGGUGUGCAGAACAAUGAACCGGACAUGUCUCUUGUUAAAGAGGAAGCCGAAGAAUACCAUUAUUCGUGUACAGAAUGUAAUGCUAUAUUCGAAACUGUCGAUGCAUGGACUGAUCAUCAGGUUGCGGAACACAAUCAGGUCGCACAUCACUGUGAUCAGUGCGACAAGAAAUUCUUAAGACCUUCUGAGCUUGCCGAGCAUAAGAACACCCAUCUGCGUGUGAAGUUUUAUCCUUGCAGCGUUUGUACAAACUCAUACAGUACGCCGCAAAAGUUAUCUGAACACGUUCAGAAUGCGCACCCUGGAGUUGGUCAAUACGCAUCCAUGGAGUCUGAAUUCUAUUGUGAUAUAUGUAUUAGAUCAUUCAAGAGUCGCCAAGCAUACUCCAAUCAUAUGCGCAUACAUGCUAAAGUACCAACUACAAAUAGAAAACCUGGAGAUGCUAAAGGAUUUGCACCACAAAUAAUCGGAAAGCCUAUUAAACUAGCGGUCCAACAGCAUCCAUCUAACUUUGUGUAUAAACCAAAUUGCAAUGUUCCUAACGCUCCUUAUUCUUGUGAUAUAUGUGGUAAAGGUUUCAUGCAUAAAAAGAAUAUUUGGAAACAUAAGAAGGUACUUCACGCUGACCUCGUUAAUGAUAGAAAUGAUAGCGAAGAAAACACAAUGCACGCAUCUACAGAAGAAGACGAGUAUCACAACCCCGAUGAAAACGGAGCUUUGCUGUCAACACCGCAAUUUAAUAGUUUCAAUUUCACUAAUUUCAAUAAUGCGCAACAGUCACAAGACCCGAUGCCGUUCUCGUGUGAACUUUGUUUCAAAAGAUUUCCGCUUAGAACUAGUUUGUGGAAGCAUAAACGUGCAAAACACGGCAUCAUUAACGUUAACGCUAGUGGCAAUGACACUCAAGUACAAGUGACACCCAGUGAAGCCGGUAAUAGAUCCAGUUGUACGAUUUGUAGGAUUACCUUUUCCGACAAGAAGUCUUACUAUCGCCAUAGAAAGAAUGUCCAUAAAUCAACUACACAAAUGUGCAAAAUAUGUGGAAAGCCAUUAAACUCGACAUUAGAGUUGUACGAACAUUUAAAGGCUGCUCAUGCCCGUGAGUUGUUAGGGUUCGACACGAGCCAGGGAUCUAGUAAAAUGUCUGAUGUGAAAGAAGAAAUAGAUAUGGAUUACGAAAAUGAUCAAGACUCAGCGGACCCUAGCGUGGAGUAUCAAGCUCGAUACCCGUGCGACACGUGUGGUAAACAAUUUGUGGGUUUACUAGCGUUACAAAAUCACCAGUGCAUAAAUCAAAUCCCAUCACAGCCGCAAACUUUCGACUGUGAAAUAUGUCACAAGAGUUACACAUCUAUAGCAGCGUUGAAAAGUCACCGCGGUUGGCAUUUACGAUCGCCGGAUGGAAAAGCGGCCGCAAAUAACACUGGACUUUGGAUGCCUCAGCACAAAGUGACGAGUAAAGUUAGCAAACACGAAGUCGUUGACCCCGUGCAAUUAGCGCGUGUACAACACGUGGCUCCGGUGGCUACAGUCGCGAAGAGGAGGCUUCCACCUGAAGUGGAAGUUACCGUCGUGAAUCCCAAUAAAAAACUGCGUUCAGACGACUCCGUCGAAAUGGAGCAGUCAGGCUCGAUCGAGGAUAGAUACUGCACGAUUUGUGACAAAGAAUUCACGAAGCGUGCCGCUUACCAACGCCACAUGGACGAAGUGCAUCAGCCGAACUCUGUAUUUUGUCCAGUGUGUGAUAAAAGCUUUACACGAAAAUCGACUUUGCUGGUUCACAUGAAGAAGCAUUACGAGGGCGGGGAGGGUAGUUCCUCGGGCAUUGCUCAGGUGGAAGACGAAACUUACGCAUGCGACGUGUGCGGAGCUCAGUACGACAACGAUAAAGCGUUACAGAACCAUAGAGCCAGGCAUCACGGCGAAGAAUCAGGUGAUUCUGAAGAUGAUGGUGCCGUAGCGGUUCCUCAGCCCGGUGAAUUCACUUGCGCUCAAUGCGGAGACGGUGUUGCCACACCUAGAGAUCUUAUCGCCCACCGUUCCAUGCACUCGACACCCACCAAAUUCUUCUGCAAUAUAUGCAAAGUUUAUUUCGCUAGAGCUUUAGAUUUGUCCUCGCACACGCGCGCGAGGCACGCCGACAACGAGAAAGUGUUUUUCCCGUGUGCCAUGUGUGAACGUUUCUAUAUGAACAAGAAAAGUUUACAACGGCACAUUGAAAUGGCCCAUUGAUUUGAACGUUGAGCAUCGAGCGGUAUUGAGAAUUUACACGAAGCCGAGCUUCUGUAAUUUCUUAAUGUAUAGUACGCGGUACAUCCCGCUAUUGGUGCACCGUUUUGUACACUGUAAAUACGCCUUUGUAUUGAGACGGUUCUUGAUACUACGGAAGAAAUUAUACUGAUUAUUUUAUUGUCAUUCCUUUGCUAUCGUCCUUGGCAUUAUCUACACUUAAUAUGUUUCGUUUCAAUUUUCUUAUAUGAUUAAGUCUGCUCACUUACUGUUUUAUUUAUUAUAUCUAUAUAUGUGAAUAUGAAGACUUGAUUUUUCUUUGUAACGGCUUGUGAGAAUUUACAAUGAAUGGUUUUAAAUGUAGAUUUUAUGUAGUACUUACUUUGAAUUUUAGCAAGUUAAAAAUGUCUCUUUUAAUUUCUGUAUGGGAAUCAUGGGCCAAAAUUUUAAAAGUAUAGUCAAAAUCAGUCAUAACCCGUAUCGAUUUAUUUAAGGAUCAAUUUUUAUUGUAUUGUUCAGAUUUAAAUAUCUAUUUCAUGACGGGGUAAUUCUUGAUCGUGGACGUUUAUUUUAUUUUAAAUAAUAAUGUCUUACUUUUAUUAUGUAAAUAUCUUAUUGCGUUUAUGUAAUUUAGGGACUAGAUUAGUUACUGAAUUUGAAAUACAAAAAUGGUCAUUUAAGUUUUUACAAUGUACUGAUUAUUUUUAGUAAUUACAAAGUGUAUAUUUUAUACUAAAGUAAUUUAACCACUAAGGACAUAUCUCCUCAUCUAUGGUGGGAUAGUACUUUGAUAUAAAAAUGAAUUAAGUCUAUUAUCUGUUUGUGAAGGCCUAAGAGUAAUAUUUUGUAUAUUAAAGAAAAAUAAAAUUUAUAUUUUUCAAAUCAUAAGUUACAUCUUCACACAUAGAAAAACAAUACCAUUUUUGCUGUUAUGUUUUACCUGUACUAAUUAAAACAAUGAUCAGUGCCAAAAAGUUUUUUCUUGACUAUAGUACCUAUCAUAGAUAUAAUUAAAACAAGAAAUAGUAAUAAAUAUGUUCCUGUAAAGUAAGCCAUAUCACAAAGUAAACUAUUAUUUAACUCUGUUGCAUUUAUAUGUAAUAGUUUACAACAGAUUAUUAAUCAAAAUUAUAAAAAUUUUGCCUGUUUUGCUUGAAAUACGCAUGAUUGUACAUCAUUAAUUGCUUGAAAGCAAAUACGCGAUAAAGUCUAGUUUGAUGCUGUGCAGGCGUCUUGAAAUUAGAGGCGUGAUGUAUCCAUAAGUAUCCGGUUUGAAAGAGAUGGAAGAUUGUGAUGCCUUACGUGACUCUUAUGUAGCUAGCGCAGAAAUUGAGCAUAGCAGAACGAUUUGACGGAUUGUAUACAUAUCUAAAGU